ACACUCAGGAGGUGAUCUCCUCUCGGUUCGAAUGAUUUGUUCGUUUGUUCCACGUAUAAAAUAGUUGGAAAUAUUUACGCUUUAAUCAUAUAUAACUUUGGAAAAUAUAAUAAUUGGCGUGGAAGAUAAGGAAGUGUAAAACGUUAUAUUCAAUAAUGUUUAUAUGUAUUCUUGAUACGUGACGCUCUAAUAAGUUGAAUCUAUUGAAAACUUGACACGAGAUAAUAUGCUCUAUACUGGGUAUCAUAAAGUGAAUGAGUGAAGUGUAAAGGUGUAUAGUAUAAAUAAUAAGGAUAAAUUAGAGAAAUUCAAGGGGCGUGUCUCUUAGAGUAUUUAAAUAUUUCUUAUUAAAAAUAACAUCGACGAAAAAUUUGGGUGAUCGUGGACCAAAAAUUAUUGACAAGAAAUCGUUAUCCGCACACAUCAGCACGGACGUUAUUCGAUUUUUUCAGUGCGCACUACGGUUGAGUCUCCGGUGCAGCUUACGUUGUUUAUGUCAUCGUGACGCCUAUGGCGACGAAGUGUUUUGUUUUUGCCGAUCGAUGACGGAAUAUUUCAGAAAUUACAUCUUAUGAUUUAGAUUUUGCGAUACUAUUUUUGUAGCUCUACUAUAUAACGUUUAAGAAAAUCUUAAAAAAAGGGUCGUAACGUUAAACGAUUUUAAACGCCCAAAACUUGUUAACAAAAGAAUAUAUAAAGAAACUCGUGAAUUAUUUACUUGCUUUAUGAGAUAUAAAUCGUCUGAGCGAACGAUUAAAAAGAAAAUCGAAAGAACAAUAGAUAACAUUAAAAGUUCGACGAAGUAUAGGAUGGCAUCAUCCACGAUAGCUGUUCCCUCGGGAACAGCUUCGGUACCAGCCACUGCUGGUAUUACUGGAAAAGAAGAACUCGAUAGUGGGGAUUUAUUCGGUGAACGUAGUGUUAAUACCGUUACAGGUUAUAACAAUAGUAGCAGUUCUGGUGAUGCACUCGAAGAGAUAACCUGUAAUAAUGGCAAAAUAGGAGAUCAACAAUGCACUUUGUGCAUGAGCAAAUUAUGCUCACCACGGGUACUAUCUUGUCUCCAUGUAUUUUGCGAAGGUUGUCUGGAUAAGCUUCUUAUGGACGGAGCUGGAGAUUCAAAGGUGGAAUCUAUACUAGAGUGUCCCUUAUGCCAUCAAGAAACUUCCGUUAGUUCUAAAGGAGCCGCAUCUCUCACUUGUGAUUAUGUACUAACUAAUAUACUUGACAUGUUUGCGAUUGAAAAUAUGGCAGUGCUCUGUACCUCUUGCAAGGCUAAAGAAAAUGCAGUCGCACGUUGCUCAGAUUGUGCCAAUUUUCUCUGUCCGAAUUGUAAUACGGCACAUCAAUUCAUGCGCUGCUUUGAAAGUCAUAAAGUCAUUGCAUUUGAGGAUUUGAAGAAAUCAAAUGAAACUAUUCCAAUACAUAAACCUAUUUUUUGUGAAUAUCAUCCUGCCGAAAAUAUGAAAUUUUAUUGCUAUACGUGUCAGGAACCCAUCUGUAAUGAAUGUCUUCUUGUUGAGCACAAAGCACCAGAUCAUCAUUAUGAGAGAUUAGCUGAUGCAGAACCACGCGAGAAGGAAGAAUUAUUGAGUUUAAUGUCUGAAAGUAAAGCAAAAAUUAAGGAUUGCGAUCAAGUUACAACGCAGUUAGAAAAUGCACUUAGUGAAUUGCAAAUGCAACGUGAUCAAGCAAAGGAUUUAAUAAUAGAAACUUUCCAAAGUUACAAAGCUAUAUUAGAGAAAUAUCGAGACAAUGCUUUAGAAGAACUUGAAAAAUUACACUCAGAGAGAGAGCUUGAAAUAAUGGAUACCUUCCAUAACGUUGCAAAAACUGCAGAAAAAAUAGAUGAUGCUUGCCGCUUUACAUCUAGGCUUUUGGAACAUGGAGAUACCGUGGAAAUAUUAGCUCUUCGCCGUAUAGUAGGGGCGCAAUUAUUACAUUUAAUAAAAAAUACCCCGAGUCCUAACAUAACAUUUUGUAUAGAGUUCCAGACAGAUUAUAGUCAAUUUGAAAAAACUGUAAAGGAGGUGUUUGGUAAAUUUCAUACAGAGAGUACACCAAUAACAAAAAUUCUUCCAGAAAUAAAGUCAAGCAUGCCAGGUGUUUCCUCUACUCAACAAAUCGUUCAUACUUCAAUAAGUUGUCCCAGUACGAUUAGUACAAGUUCUCCUAUUUCACUUCCUGCCUCUAUGCAAUCCUCGUUUGAAGGUGAACCUUCGUUUGUUAUUCCACCUACAUCUAGUCCUCAAAAUAUUCCACCACCACCACCACCUGUUUCUCUUCCACCAGGCCCUAUUCAUGGUUUGACCAGUAUUCAAGAAUAUAAUUUACAACAAUUAGCUAGUUUAGCCGAAAAGGUAGAAAUUGUUAGUGAUACUGGUGUAAUUGGACCUAGCUCUAAUUCAAGUCCCACUCCUUCCUUCGCACUAGCAGAUUUAUUUGCUGGAGAUUUAAACUCUACGAAUCAUGCCAUUAAUAAUUUGCAAGCUCUUGCAAA